AUGGCGCGAUCAGAGGACGAUUUGGACUUAGAUGGAGUGUUGCACGAGAUCGGUCAGUUCGGACUGUUUCAAAUGCGUCAGUAUGGAUUAAUGGUACUGCCGAUUAUAUUCAAUGCGCUUUUUACACUUAGCUACAUCUUCACAGCCGGCAAUGUUGAGUAUAGGUGUUUAAUACCGGAAUGUGAAGAUUUAACAACAGAUAUAUACUACACGGACUGGAUGAAUGGAACUACCGUGGUUGAAGGCGACAUACGAUGCAAACGUUAUCAACACAUCCGGAACAACACCUUUGACCAGGGGUCAAGGGAGUGUAGCAGUGAAGGAUUCAAUUCCUCUGUGGUGCUUUCGUGCGACAAAUACGUGUUUAAAUCGCAAGAAACUACUAUAGUGCAAGACUUUAACAUAACAUGUGAAGCAAACGAUUGGAAGCUAACUAUGGUUGGUACCGUGAAUAACAUUGGACAGUUUGUCGCUCUUCCAGUUGCCGGGUACUUAUCAGACCGAUUCGGCAGACGAUGGGUGCUACUGGUAAGCGUCUUCGGGAGCGCAUUUUUUGGAACGUUGCGAUCUUUCGCGAAUAGCUACGAAAUGUUUGUUAUAAUGGAAUUUCUCGACCCCGUCAUCGGAUCCACAAUGUAUACGACGGCAUUUAUCCUAGCACUGGAGCUUGUUGGACCUAAAAUGCGUGUGACUGGCAAUAAUAUUAUAUCAUGUGCUUUUUCUUUCGGCCAAGCGCUCCUGGGCCUGCUAUCUAUGUAUUUUUCAAAUUGGCGUACGCUUUUACGUAUUAUAUACAUUCCUGGUUUUUUGGCACUUCCAUUGCUAUACACAACAGCAGAAAGCGUGCGAUGGUUGCUGUCUAAAAAUCGAAAUCAAGAUGCAUUUAAAAUUUUAAAAAAGGCUGCCGAUACAAAUGGUAAGAAGCUCUCACAAGCAGUAAUGGAAAGAUUCUGUUCGAGCAACGGUAGUGAAACAUCGGCUAAAGCAUUGGACAGGCAACCAUUCUCACGUUUACUACAAGAUGCUUUUAACAGUCGCGGACUAACACUGCGUGUCAUAAAUUGCUCUUUUUGUUGGCUUACAAACACGAUGGUUUAUUUUGGAUUAAGUCUCAACUCUGUUUCAUUGAGCGGAAACAAGUACCUAAACUUCAUUCUCGUUUCACUAAUCGAACUCCCUGGAUUUUUUUUGAUGCAAUUGAUAUUAGAUCGUAUAGGACGAAAAAAGACACUUUUUGCUACAUUAAUUCUCAGCGGCUUGUUCUGUAUAUCAUCGGUAUUCAUUGCGAGCCAUGAUGUGCCAUUUUUAAAACUUAGCCUAUUUUUGCUAAGCAAACUGACCAUCACGAUGUCUUUUGGCACUUUAUACAUAUACACUGUGGAAAUUUUUCCCACCAAUCUUCGCCAAAGUCUCCUAUCAACAUGCUCCAUGUUUGGGCGGAUUGGAUCCAUGGUUGCUCCUCAAACGCCGCUAUUAGCUAAAUUAUGGACACCACUUCCGAUGAUAUUGUUUGGCUGUCUUGGUAUUACUUCUGGUAUGGCCAUUCUAAAGCUUCCGGAAACUCUCAAUAAUGAGCUUCCAAAUACGGUUGAAGAAGCAAUGAACAUGAAACAGAAAGAUAUGGUUUCUCCGAACAUCAGCUGA